AUGGCGACGGUGGCCCCGGGGAGCGGCCGCUCAUCCGCGCCCCGGCUGCUCCUGCUCUUGCUCCUGCUCCUUCCGCUGCCGUGGGCCCCGGCCGGCGUCCGGGCUGUUCCCGACGAGUACCUCAGCCACCGGAACAAGGAGCCUCCGGCGCCAGCUCAGCAGCUGCAGCCGCAACCCGCGGCUGCGCAGGGCCCCGAGCCGGCCCGGCCCGAGAAAGUAUUUACACCAGCUUCUCCAGUUCAUACCAAUAAAGAAGAUCCAGCUACCCAAACUAAUUUGGGAUUUAUCCAUGCAUUUGUGGCUGCCAUAUCAGUUAUCAUUGUAUCUGAACUGGGCGACAAGACAUUUUUUAUAGCAGCCAUUAUGGCAAUGCGCUAUAACCGCUUGACGGUGCUGGCUGGUGCUAUGCUUGCCUUGGGCUUAAUGACGUGCUUAUCAGUUUUGUUUGGCUACGCCACCACAGUCAUCCCCAGACUGUAUACAUACUAUGUUUCCACGGCAUUUGCCAUUUUCGGCAUCAGGAUGCUUCGGGAAGGCUUAAAGAUGAGUCCAGAUGAAGGUCAAGAAGAACUAGAAGAAGUUCAAGCAGAGUUAAAGAAAAAAGAUGAAGAAUUUCAACGAACCAAACUCUUAAAUGGACCAGGAGAUGUUGAAACGGGUACAAGCACAACAAUACCUCAAAAAAAGUGGCUGCAUUUUAUUUCACCCAUCUUUGUUCAAGCUCUUACAUUAACAUUCUUAGCAGAAUGGGGUGACCGCUCUCAGCUAACUACAAUUGUCCUGGCAGCUAGAGAGGAUCCCUACGGUGUGGCCGUGGGCGGGGCAGUGGGACACUGCUUAUGCACCGGACUGGCAGUGAUUGGAGGAAGAAUGGUAGCCCAGAAAAUCUCUGUCAGAACUGUGACAAUCAUAGGAGGCAUCGUAUUUUUGGCGUUUGCAUUUUCUGCACUAUUUAUAAGUCCGGAUUCUGGUUUUUAACAAGCUAUUUUCCUUUGUAUUUUAGUUUUAAGAUAGGUAACUCGAUGUACAUAUGUAUAUUAUAACUAAAAGUGGUGGAAAACAC